AACUAACAGUUAACGUUUGGAUAAGGGCGCCACUUAAUUCAAGCUUCAUGAAGAUGGCCUCCCCUUCGACGUUCUCUUCAGCUCCCCCUUUUCCGUGCUGCAACAACAACAAAAUUUCCAGUGUUCCCUAUUUUGCCUUCCUUAACCCUUCACGCCACGCAGUUCAACGUUUAUCCAACGCUAAAAGAAAGCAACUUUGGCUCAGGAGGAGCUGUUUCAAGCCACCAAUCAUUGCCAAAGUUGCCCAAAAAACCGCCUUGCAGUAUAGGAAGCUUGGUGACUCUGAUCUUCAAAUCAGUGAAAUCACUUUGGGAACUAUGACAUUCGGAGAACAAAAUACAGAGAAGGAAGCUCAUGAAAUGCUUAGUUAUGCUUUUGAACAUGGCAUCAAUGCUCUUGACACUGCAGAGGCUUACCCAAUUCCCAUGCGGAAAGAGACAAAUGGAAGAACAGAUCUCUACAUUGCUAGCUGGCUGAAUUCUCAGCCCCGUGAUAAGGUUAUUUUGGCAACAAAAGUAAGUGGCUAUACAGAGCGGUCAACUUAUCUGCGUGACAAUGCCAAAGUUUUACGGGUUGAUGCUGCUAAUAUUAGAGAAAGUGUGGAAAAAAGUCUUAAGCGCCUCAACACUGAUUACAUUGAUUUAUUGCAAAUUCAUUGGCCAGAUCGCUAUGUACCAUUGUUUGGUGAGUAUUUCUAUAAUCCUUCAAAAUGGAGACCAAGCAUACCAUUUGUGGAGCAACUCAAGGCUUUUCAAGAACUUAUUGACGAAGGAAAGGUACGCUAUAUCGGAGUUUCCAAUGAGACUUCAUAUGGAGUGAUGGAAUUUGUUCAUGCAGCAAGAGUUGAAGGACUACCAAAGAUCGUUAGUGUCCAAAACAGCUACAGUUUGCUGGUUAGGCAUUUUGAGGUUGACCUGGUUGAAGUUUGCCAUCCAAACAAUUGCAAUAUUGGCUUACUUUCAUAUUCUCCACUCGGCGGUGGAUCACUUAGUGGAAAAUACUUAGACAUCAAAUCUGAAGCUGCAAAGAAAGGAAGGUUCAACCUUUUCCCUGGCUACAUGGAAAGAUAUAACAAGUCAAUUGCCAAGGAAGCAACAAUACAAUAUAUGGAGAUGGCCAAAAAGCAUGGAUUAACUCUAGUUCAACUUGCACUUGGAUUUGCUCGGGAUCGUCCAUUUAUGACCAGUUCAAUCAUUGGUGCAACCUCUGUUGACCAACUGAAAGAAGACAUUGGUGCAUUUCUGACAACUGAACGGCCUUUGCCACCAGAAGUAAUGGAAGAUAUUGAAGCGAUUUUCAAAAGAUACAAAGAUCCUGCCGUAAUCUGAGAGCAACGAGAGGAAAGCAUGCCAUUGAUUCAUUUUGUUCUUUCACUCCAAAAUUCUGUUUUCAUAGUAUGCAGAUUAUUUCCAAUGGCUAUAUGUUUAUUGAUUCUUUAUUCACAGGAUGAAAUAAUUUCUAUAUAUAUAAAACUACAUGUUUUCAAUUAA